GAUCGUGUUUCGGAGGACCUUCACCUCUCCCGAGCCCGUUGGGGAGUUGCAGCGAUUAAACAAGAUUGUAAUUACCAAUUAGAUAUCACGAAAAUGGGGAGAAAAAUUCACAAAAUAAAUUAAAUAAAACACUGAACUCCUACCAUACGUUUUAUCCACAUUCCACACACAGCCUUGAUAAUUCGAGUGAACGGUGAUGGUUAAUUUGUUGAAUAAUUUAUUUGUUUACACUCAACUUGCAAGGUAUUUUAUAGCAACACAACAAUACAUACUUUCCUUAUGGUUAUACUCUAUAUAGGUCAUAUAGCUCCCCUCCCAUUUGGUACAAUCCAUGCGUCAUUGUUUACAACAAAAUGGCCAAGUAUUUCUUCCCCAAAAUUCAAACUGGAUAAAGGCGUUUUAAAUAACGAAAACGAAACUAACUACCGAACUGAAAAACACCGGACACCGACGUAACGUUAGUAGUUCUGUGUCGGAUUGACUUCAGGAUCACACUCGCAGCAUGGCAUUUCAAAUGUCAACUCUCUCUUCGCGUAUCAGAGCCAUAGGUCCAUUUUCCCGCUGUCGUAGUGGUGACUUUCAUACUAGUGACAUCGGUGUGUGCUCCAAAUUUAGAAACAUUUUUGGUUUUGCAAAUCGUCAGGUUUAUUCGCUGGUGCGAAGUGGGCAGAGUUCGGCGAACUCCAGCCCUGCAAAGUGCAAGGCCAUUCUGAACCCAGGGGGUAUUCAUUUUGCAAACCGCGUGGAGAAGUUUUCAACAACUACAGCUGCCGCGAAGUCGUUUGAGUCGUUUCAGGGGCAAAACAAGGCCUCGCCCUCCGGGGGAAAGUACGGUUCGUUGUAUCGGAUCGCCCUCGCCGCGCUUGGGGUGACCACCGCGGUAGUGUCCCUGCACUUUAGUGCCCAUCUCGCCAUGGCAACGGGAUUGGAGCGGCUGAACCUUGACUCAGCCAAAGGCGACUGGAACGAGGUGAAGGCUGCCUUGCUCCAUAUGAGUCAGGAGGAGAGAAGGAAUCACUACAGAACUACCUACCUGUCCCUGGAGGUGGUGCCUGUGUGGACCGCCAAGUCACUCACAGUGGACAGAGGUGAUUCAGUCAAGGCGACCAAAUUCAAGAGGAACGAAGCUCUGGACAAGAAGAUCUCGCUGUUCAGCGGUGACAUCACCAAACUGGAGAUUGAUGGGAUCGUCAAUGCAGCCAACAAGACUCUGCUGGGGGGAGGAGGAGUGGAUGGUGCAAUCCACCGCACGGCCGGCCCCCUCCUGAGGUCUGAGUGUGCUGAGCUUCAAGGGUGUGAGACGGGAGAGGCUAAGAUUACAGGGGGCUACGGCCUGCCUGCCAAGUAUGUGAUCCACACAGUGGGGCCCAUAGCGAUGGGGAAAGUGGGGGAGGAGGAGAGGAGCCGCCUCAGGGACUGCUACCAUCACAGCCUGCAGAAGGCCACCGAUACCAAGCUACGCACUGUGGCGUUCCCUUGCAUCUCCACUGGAAUCUAUGGAUACCCACCUGAGCAGGCUGUGCACGUCGCGUUGGAGACUGUCAGGAAGUACCUGGAUGAACACCAUGAGAAGCUGGACAGAGUGAUCUUCUGUGUGUUCCUGCCCACUGAUAAGGAGCUGUACCUGAAAAACCUCCCUCUCUACUUCCCUUCCGCCUGCUGAUCAGAGCGCCCUGUUCGAACGCAGGCUCACCUGUGAAGAGUAAACUCUGAAAGAGUGACAUGUGGAGUUGUGCAAUAAUGCGGCUCACCACAUGCAAUAUCCUUAUCUUCCUUUCCCCCCACCGGCUCUGCACUAGAGAAGACCUGGGUACAUAUCUUAACGCUGGAUGAAUGUCUAGAACUGAAUAAACUGCUUUAUUAUCAAUGAACCUCAGGCUUCUGACCAAACUCAUCUGACGAGCUGUUUGUACAUGUUUGAAUAAUGAGAUGUUGGGGGACUUUGUGUGUGUGAGAAUAGUAAACAAACAACAAUUUGACCAUCUGGGGACAUUUUGUUAGUCCCCACAUGGUCAAAUGCUACUUCUAGGGGGUUUAGGGUUAGGAGCUAGGGUUAGUUUUAGGAGCAAGGGUAGUUUUAGGGUUAGGAGCUAGGGUCAGUUUUAGGGUUAGGAGCUAGGGGUAGUUUUAGGGUUAGGAGCUAGGGGUAGUUUUAGGGUUAGGAGCUAGGGGUAGUUUUAGGGUUAGGAGCUGGGGGUAGUUUUAGGGUUAGGAGCUAGGGUCAGUUUUAGGGUUAGGAGCUAGGGGUAGUUUUAGGGUUAGGAGCUAGGGGUAGUUUUAGGGUUAGGAGCUGGGGGUAGUUUUAGGGUUAGGAGCUAGGGGUAGUUUUAGGGUUAGGAGCUAGGGUUAGUUUUAGGGUUAGGAGCUAGGGGUAGUUUUAGGGUUUGGAGCUAGGGGUAGUUUUAGGGUUAGGAGCUAGGGGUAGUUUUAGGGUUAGGAGCUAGGGGUAGUUUUAGGGUUAGGAGCUGGGGGUAGUUUUAGGGUUAGGAGCUAGGGGUAGUUUUAGGGUUAGGAGCUAGGGUUAGUUUUAGGGUUAGGAGCUAGGGUUAGUUUUAGGGUUAGGAGCUAGGGGUAGUUUUAGGGUUUGGAGCUAGGGGUAGUUUUAGGGUUAGGAGCUAGGGGUAGUUUUAGGGUUAGGAGCUAGGGGUAGUUUUAGGGUUAGGAGCUAGGGGUAGUUUUAGGGUUUGGAGCUAGGGGUAGUUUUAGGGUUAGGAGCUGGGGGUAGUUUUAGGGUUAGGAGCUAGGGGUAGUUUUAGGGUUAGGAGCUAGGGUUAGUUUUAGGGUUAGGAGCUAGGGGUAGUUUUAGGGUUUGGAGCUAGGGGUAGUUUUAGGGUUAGGAGCUAGGGGUAGUUUUAGGGUUAGGAGCUAGGGGUAGUUUUAGGGUUAGGAGCUGGGGGUAGUUUUAGGGUUAGGAGCUAGGGGUAGUUUUAGGGUUAGGAGCUAGGGUUAGUUUUAGGGUUAGGAGCUAGGGGUAGUUUUAGGGUUUGGAGCUAGGGGUAGUUUUAGGGUUAGGAGCUGGGGGUAGUUUUAGGGUUAGGAGCUAGGGGUAGUUUUAGGGUUAGGAGGUAGGGGUAGUUUUAGGGUUAGGAGCAAGGGUUAGUUUUAGGGUUAGGAGCUAGGGGUAGUUUUAGGGUUUGGAGCUAGGGGUAGUUUUAGGGUUAGGAGCUAGGGGUAGUUUUAGGGUUAGGAGCUGGGGGUAGUUUUAGGGUUAGGAGCUAGGGGUAGUUUUAGGGUUAGGAGCUAGGGUUAGUUUUAGGGUUAGGAGCUAGGGGUAGUUUUAGGGUUUGGAGCUAGGGGUAGUUUUAGGGUUAGGAGCUAGGGGUAGUUUUAGGGUUAGGAGCUAGGGGUAGUUUUAGGGUUAGGAGCUGGGGGUAGUUUUAGGGUUAGGAGCUAGGGGUAGUUUUAGGGUUAGGAGGUAGGGGUAGUUUUAGGGUUAGGAGCAAGGGUUAGUUUUAGGGUUAGGAGCUAGGGGUAGUUUUAGGGUUAAGGUUAGGUUUUGGGUUAGGUUUGGGGAAAAUUGGUUUUUGAACGAGACUGAAUUGUGUGUCCCCACAAUGUUAGCUGUACAAGAGUGUGUGUGGAGAAGAAUAAGCUAAUUAAAAGAGAUCAGAGGAUUACAUGUUGGCAUUUUGGGGGAUUGGAUUGGAUUCACUGAGUUUGUCAGGUGGGACCGCUUCCUGUGAGUCGUUUCGUCUUUAGUGUGCGUGUGUGUGCGUUUGAGUGUCUACAUUUGUGUGUCUGACUGAGUGCGACUGCCUACCUGAAAAUGUGUGUGUUGUCAUUCUCAGGCAGACCAGGUGGUGGUUUGUUUGAAAUGAAAUGACAGUUUGUUCCUGUCACCCCACCCUGUGCUCCCGCUUUCAUGUUUAGACAACUUUCUUUAUUGAUUUUCACAUUUUUACAACAGCACAAAAAUAAAUAAGCAAUGCUGACAAGAA